ACAUGGUGGAGGGACCAGAGCACAGAGAGACUCGCGUGCUCCGUGUGGUUGUGUUCAGUUCAGUUCAGACCGCUUUAUUGUUCUCACUGUCUAGGUCAUCGGGUCCGAGUUGGAGUCCAGUUUUCUCAGGACACGGAAAGCACACUGUUAUCAACUUCUCCUUAACUUGACGCAAAGAUAUCCAGAACCAUGGGAGAAGGCUGUACCAGAGUCACCAAGUACUUCCUCUUCGUCUUCAACCUGAUCUUCUUCCUGUUUGGGGCUGUCAUCAUGGGCUUCGGUCUUUGGCUCCUUUUAGACAAUCAGAGCUUCUUAGCUGUCCUGCAGGACUCCUCAUUGGCUCUGAAAGCGGCCUCGUACAUCCUGAUUGGUGUAGGAGCCUUCUCCAUGCUGAUGGGCUUUGUAGGAUGCCUGGGAGCCAUUUAUGAGAUCCGCUGCCUGCUGGGCCUGUACUUUGCUUGCCUCCUGCUGAUCUUAUUGGCCCAGGUGGCGGCAGGUGCACUCAUCUAUUUCCAGAAAGACGUGUUAAAUACAGAGAUGUCCAAGAUCGUGACCAAGGUGCUGGACAGCUACGGCACCAAGAACUCCAGCACGGAGCAGGCGUGGGACUACAUCCAGCGGACGAUGGACUGCUGUGGGUGGACUGGUCACGCGGACUGGAAUGGCAACAUGGUGAUCGUUAACAGCUCCCAGCUGCUGUUCCCCUGCUCCUGCCAGAACAUUUCCCUGGCAACGGGGAACACCUCCGACAGCGGCUUCUGUGAGGCCCAGACAUCAGAGUGGCCGGUGUACGAAGCGGGCUGCUCAGCCAGUGUGGAGGGGUGGCUUAUCACCAAUGUGGGAGUGGUCCUAGGCAUCUGUCUGGCCGUGGCUGUGAUCGAGGUUUUGGGAAUGAUCCUUUCGAUUUGCCUUUGUAAGAACGUACGCACUGAGUACUACACCAAAGUUUCAAAAUAUUGAAACUUUGAGGGCCUGCAGUUUCACAGAAGGGAAGUAUGGGAAGAUUUUUCUAUUCAACCUUUUUUGGUUAAAUUUGGGACAUUUUUUGAGUGCUUACUGUUUUCCUGUCCAAUUUAUAUUGAGCACUUUAGACCAUAUGUGUGCUGACAGGGUGCUGAUAAACUUUUUUUUAUAUUAUUUGGUCUGGAUACGUAAAGGAGAAAAGCAGAAAAUGUGACAUUAACAGCGAAAUGGUUAAGCUGGACGGAUUGGAAAAAGGUGGAGAAUGUUUAAACUGUUGUAAUGACCUCUUCAAAGGCAAGCAUUGCACUGUAGUACCAUGGGCUACAUUCAGGCAGGCUACAAUUUACUAAAGUUCUUCAGUUUCGGCUUGACUAAGUAACUAAUUUCCAAGAAGAAGAUGAGACUAAUGUUUCUCUGUGAUAGGGUUAGAAAUCCAAGUUUAGUUGAUUUAGUAGAACAAAUGAAUAGGAAAACUGGAACGUCAGCCAUCACAAUUUUAUUUUUAUUUUUUUUAUUAUUUGUUUAGUUCAUGUAUUUUACAUAAUUUUAGUCUUUGUGUGGCAGUUGAUAUUGCCAUGGUUUUCUUUUAUGCAUGUUGCUCUUUUUUAAUGUUUUUUUUCAUUAUUCAUGUGUGUAAUUUUAGAUUUAUUUUAAUAAUUACGUUUUGUGCAUGUAAUUCAAAUAAUGAUACUAAAAUAGGGCCAAUUUUUAGUUUACAGGGUACGUUAUUCUAGAAAAUCUCUAAAAGUUUUGGCAAUGAUUUAAUUUAUUCAAAAAACUUAAAUGAUCUUUGUGAUGAUAAGACUUAUUUACACAAAAAGUGCAAAGUUUGAGUGACAUCUUUUUUUCUUUUAAGAAUGGUUUUAGGAGAAGCUCAUUGAACAAAAACAGUUGAAUCAUUUGGACUGCAUUUAUGUAUAUUUUUUUACUUUAAGUGAACCUAUAUGUUUUGUAAUGGAUACAAUAUUUGGUUUUGUGUACAGUAUAUAUAAAUAUAUAUAUAAAAAAACAUUCCAAUAAUCUUUUAGUUUAAGACUUGUUAAACCUGGACAAACCUGUUUGCUAUCUGCAGUAUUUAAUGUAUACUCAUGAAAUUGAUUCCAUCACAUUUUUCCAAUAAACUGAAUUGACGAUUUAAUUUUUUACUUCAUU